AUGCCAAGACAUAAAGUUCGCAAAACACCCAAAAGUUUAUUCAUAGGUUGGCCAUACAAAUUUGCAUCAACUAGUCGCGCUGCUGUGUUGCAGCAGCAGCAUGUGGAACCAAUUGAAGAGAAGAGCAUUGAGAGCAUUGAGAGCAUUGAGGAUGCUGAUGUGCUCUUGGAGAGCGCUGAGGAGGAGAGUCUAGAGAUUAUACAAUGUAGGGAUACAGAGAGCUCGGAUACCAUAAGAUCGAACUGGCAUGAGCAGCUGAGCGUGAGUGUGGCGGGAAGCGAAGACAAGAUCAAGUGGCACUCACUGCAGCACGGCGGACCGUUAUUUCCGCCGCGCUAUAAGCGCUUGCCGGAUAACGUGCGUAUGUGUUAUAACGGGCAGCCCAUGAAGCUGUCGACAGCGGCUGAAGAGGCUGCCACCUGGUAUGCCAAGCUGCUGGGCCGACCUGUGCUACAGAAUGCGAUAUUUCAAGCAAAUUUCUUUCGCGAGUUUCGCAUGCUGAUGCGUCCAAACGAGCGGCGUAUUAUAAAGGAUCUGGAGCUGUGCGAUUUUGAGCGCAUUGCCCAGCACUUGCAGCGCCAGAAAAUGUCGCAGCGUGGCGUGGGCCAGCAUAGGAAACUGUUGGAGCAGCACCAUUUUGGCCUCUGCUGCAUUGAUGGCGAGCUGGAGAUGAUUGCCAACUAUCGCAUAGAGCCAGCGGGCAUAUUCUUGGGGCGUGGCAAGCAUCCGCUUAUGGGCGCGCUUAAGCAUCGCAUUCGACCCGAGGAUGUGACCAUAAACUGCAGUCCGUAUGCAGUGCCAGCUGCUCCAGCUGGCCAUCACUGGAAGGCAGUGCAGCAUGAUCAAUCGGUAGUGUGGCUAGCGCGUUGGCGCGACAGCGUCACCUUGGGCUACAAGUACAUGCAGCUGAGCAGCGCUUCACGCCUGCAGGGUAAACGCGAACUCAACAAGUUCGAGCUGGCGCGUCGUGUGUCCAGCUAUAUAGACAGAAUACGUCAGUCGUACUGGGAGGACUGGAAGUCGCCCAAUCUCAUGCAGCGUCAGCGCGGCGUUGCAAUCUAUUUAAUCGAUAGGGUUAUGUUGCGCGUGUGCAGCGACAAGUCUGAGCUGACAGCUGAUUGCGAGGGCUGCUGCAGAUUGCGCGUGGAGCAUUUGAAUUUGUUUAUGGAGCUGCAGGGUAAUGCUUAUGUAGUGGAGUUUAACUUUGUGGGCAAGGACUGCACAAAGUAUCGCAGGCAAGUGGCCGUCAAUCAGCAUGUGUUUGAGAAUCUGCGCAGCUUUAUGCAGCGCAAGCUGCCGCAGGAUCAGCUCUUUGAUCAGCUGACGGUCAAAAUGCUAAACCAACAUCUAAGAUCGCUGAUGCAAGGACUCACAGCCAAAGUGUUUCGCACCUACAAUGCAUCCAGGCUGCUGCAGUCUAGCCUGGAUGAGCUGACGCGAAAUUUGACGUCGCCAGAAGAGCUGCUCAAUGCGUUUGCCAUAGCUCAUGCUAAUGCUGCCAAGUUUUGCAAUCACCAGGGCGCGCAGAGUAAACUGAGCAGCCAUAAGCGUGCGAUACGCGCCAAGCAAUUGGCGAUUAGCAAGUGUCGCCGCAGCAGAGCGAACACUUGCAGACUGUUGCAACUGCAGCAGGAUUUAGAUUUGCUGCAGUCAAGCCUAAGCGAUGCCGAGCUGCGCAGCUCUGUAGCCUUGAGCACCUCCAAGGUGAACUACGUGGAUCCACGCAUUACUGUUGCCUGGUGCAAGAAGCACAAAGUGCCCAUUGAGCAGGUCUUCGAUGCAGCACUGUGCAGCAAAUUCGACUGGGCCAUAACUGCAGCUGAUGCCAGCUUUCGCUUUUAA